AUGUUAUUCAAGUCUAAUUCUAUAUUAGCUAGUAUAGUAUUUGCAACUAGUGCAUUUGCGCAAACGAUUACUGAAAACACAGUACAAAUCUCUCCAGUUGAUCUUCAAAUCGGGGAUCUUACGAUAAACUCCGAUGUUUAUUAUUCAAUCGUUAAUAAUUUAGCAACUGUUAUAGGGGGCAAUCUUGAUAACCGUGGUGGGUUCUAUGUUACAAGUACAAAUGGUCUAGCAGCAGCUGUCGCACUUGCGAGCGGAACAAUUAACAAUUCUGGUGAAUUGGCAUUCAAUGCCUUAGACGCCAAUGUCGCAUCCACUUACGAUUUAGCCAGUAUUGGAGCCUUCAAAAAUACUGGUGAUAUGUGGUUCGGAAGCGCAGAAAACGUUGCUUCACCUUUCACUAUUACUUCUGUUAAUGAUUGGCAAAACGACGGUUUGAUAUACUUCAAGCAAGCAGGAGGUGUGGCCUCAGUGGUCGCUCUAGCCCAAGUUGUGGGCUCAGGUGGACUUUUAUCUCUUGAAAAUAAUGGUCAAAUUUGCUUGGAAGGAGUGUCAUAUAUUCAAACUUCUUCAAUUGAUGGAUCUGGUUGUAUCAAUGUAGGAGCUGGCGCCAAUGCACAAUUGCUUCCAAAUGUUGCCAAUGCUGCAUUUUCCAUUGAUUCGGAUCAGACAAUAUAUCUUAGUUCAUCAUCAUCGAGGUUGCAGUUGCUCACUGGUGGUGUAUUGGCAAAUCCUCGUAUUAAAGUUGCUGGAUUUGGAAAUGGCAAUAGGAUUGUAAUCGAACUUACCUUCACAAGAUACACAUAUGACAGCGAUACUGGUAUCUUGAGCGUCACUCUUCUUGGUCUUACAAAUGUCGAGUUUGAUAUUGGAUUAGGAUAUUCAACUGAUCAAUUUAGUGAUAACGCUGUGCUUGGAACCUUAGGAAGUCAAAUUUGGUAUGAAAAUGCUCCUCCAAAUUCUGCCCCAAGUGAUUGUUCCUGUAAGCCAUUCCCAGAUCCACCAACUUCCACCACCACCCCAUCUUCAUCUACAAACAGCGAGCCAACUAGUGCACCAACCGGUUCAGGUACUUCUUCAGGUCCAAGUGCACCAACCGGUUCAGAUAUUUCUUCAGGUCCAAGUGCACCAACUGGUUCAAAUAUUUCUUCAGGUCCAAGCGCACCAACCGGUUCAGAUAUUUCUUCAGGUCCAAGUGCACCAACUGGUUCAAAUAUUUCUUCAGGUCCAAGUGCACCAACCGGUUCAGAUAUUUCUUCAGGUCCAAGUGCACCAACUGGUUCAAAUAUUUCUUCAGGUCCAAGUGCACCAACCGGUUCAGAUAUUUCUUCAGGUCCAAGUGCACCAACUGGUUCAAAUAUUUCUUCAGGCCCAAGUACACCAACCGGUUCAGAUAUUUCUUCAGGUCCAAGUGCACCAACCGGUUCAGAUAUUUCUUCAGGCCCAAGUGCACCAACCGGUUCAGAUAUUUCUUCAGGUCCAAGUGCGCCAACAGGUUCAGAUAUUUCUUCAGGUCCAAGUGCACCAACCGGUUCAGAUAUUUCUUCAGGCCCAAGUGCACCAACCGGUUCAGAUAUUUCUUCAGGUCCAAGUGCGCCAACAGGUUCAGAUAUUUCUUCAGGUCCAAGUGCACCAACAGGUUCAGAUAUUUCUUCAGGUCCAAGUGCGCCAACAGGUUCAGAUAUUUCUUCAGGUCCAAGUGCGCCAACAGGUUCAGAUAUUUCUUCAGGUCCAAGUGCACCAACUGGUUCAGGUUCUGGUGAUAAUGGUUCUGGAUCUGGCUCUGGCGAUAAUGGAUCUGAUUCUGGCUCUGGCUCCGGCGAUAAUGGAUCUGGAUCUGGCUCUGACUCCGGCGAUAAUGGUUCUGGUGCAGGUUCUGGCGAUAAUGGUUCUGGUGCAGGUUCUGGCGAUAAUGGUUCUGGUUCUGGAUCCGGCUCUGGAGAUAAUGAUUCUGGCUCAGGCUCUGGAGAUAAUGGUUCUGGAUCCGGCUCUGGCGAUAAUGAUUCUGGCUCUGACUCCGGCGAUAAUGGAUCUGGAUCUGGAUCCGGCUCUGGCGAUAAUGUUUCAGGCUCUGGCUCUGGCGAUAAUGUUUCAGGCUCUGGUUCUGGCGAUAAUGAUUCUGGCUCAGGCUCUGACAAUAAUGAUUCAGGCAAUGGUUCUGGCUCAGGCUCUAAUUCAGACUCAAGCACCAGUUCUAGCACAAGUUCUGUAGCAGCUAGCUCGAACAGUGCCUCACCUUCUGUGAAUGUAUAUGAAGGUAGCGCAAGUUCAACAAGGCAGAGAUCCAUCUUCUCAGUGUUUUUCACGUUCAUUGUCCUCGCUUUAACAUGA